AUGACGUCUUCUUCCAACGACGGCGUGCUCGACGAGAAGGAAUUCUUCAUCUCGCCGUCGGAGAUGGCGAAAAAAGACAUUUACCCGUUACUUUUUAUCGGCGCCGGGAGAUGCGGAUUGACAACGUUGACGCAUUUCCCGGAAAACCGUCAACGCGCGUCGCUCGUCGUCGAUCGAUUCGGAGGGUGGUUGGAAUCUUGGGCCGACCGCGCGAUGCGUUUGGGAAUGACGCACGUGCGGUAUCCAAUCACGCAAACGCCGUUUGCGAGCAGUUCCAUGGCGAUUCAAAGUUUCAGCUCGAGGAUGGGGAGGAACGAGGAACUGGCGUAUUCUGGGAGCGAUAAGUUCGCGCCGUUGCCGUCGACGAGGUUGUACGCCGAGGCGUGCGCGAGAAAGAUUCAAAGCGACGAGGACGGUGGAAUUUUAAAAUCCGUGCCGAUUGUAAAGGAUGAGGUGGUGAAUUUGAGGAAGAUUGAAGCGAACGAAGAAUAUCCCGGGUUGUUGAAACGAGGCGGGAUGUUGGCGAAGACGAAAGGAGGGAAAGAGUUCGUCGCCGCGCAGGUAGUGGUGUGUUGCGCGAGGAAAGAAGCGGUGGUUCCGGAAAAAUUGAAAGCGUUCGUGGUGAAAGAUGGUGGGAAUGGUCGGGUGAAAACGAGCGAGUCGAUAAACGUAUUCGAUCCCGAGGGUACGUUAAACGGGAAGCGGCUUUUGGUAGUAGGCGGAGGCAUGACGGCGGCAUCGGUUGCAUCUGGGGCGGUGGAAAAUAGUAAAGUGAAAUCCGUCACGCUUUUACACAGAAAAAGUUUCAAAAGACGCGAAUUUGAUGUGGAACCGGAGUACUUCGGUGCGAAAGGGUUGCGACCGUUCCAUAAUAGUGAAGAUUUUGAGUACCGCGCAAAAUUCAUAGACGAAGCGAAAGAGCGAGGAACGAUUAACGGCGUCACGUGGAAGCGCGUGAGAAGUCACUCAGUCGCAUCAAAGAAGAAGACAAACUCAUCGACAGAACAAGAUGGUAGUUCACCAAAACUUCGUGUGGUAGAGAAAGCGGAGAUCGUGUCCAUCGGUUUUGACGAAACGACGAAGCAGUUUUCGACGACGAUUGAACUGACCGAUGUAGCCAAACGCGAGCUCGCGGCGAAACGCGCGCGAAGUAUCAUCGAAGUCGACGCCGACGAUGAUUUUCAAGCGCUGACGAUGACAGUCGAGGAAGCAUCGUACGAAACGCCCAAAGUUGAAGUGUUUGACGAAAUUUGGAUUUGCUGCGGUACCGCCGUUUCCGCCGAGACCGAUCCUUUACUCUCUUCGCUUCCGAAAACAAAUUAUUUCAACGGGUACCCGCAACUGGUAGAAACGACUCUUUCAUGGGAACACGGACCAAACGAAGUAUCGUUGGCGAAAGAGAACGGCGGGUGUCGAUGGCCUAGAUGCUCAGUUUUCGUCUCUGGACGAUACGCGGCGUUACACGUCGGCCCGGUGGCGUCUCUGCCUUUGGGAUAUCGAACGGCCGGCAAAGAAAUAGCCGCAAUUUCCACGAAGUCGCACAAACAAAGCCUUCGCAUGCGCGCGGAGAACCCGUACGAGAUUGGUUUAGGAACAUUCGCAUCAGAGACGAAAACGUCGUCGUCUUCAAAUACGUCAAACAGGGGUAACGCCUUGGAGGACAAAUCGAAAACCAACAAGACGAAAAAUCCGCGACUCCCUCCCGUGUUGUGGCAAAAAGUAGGCAUCAUCGACGUCUCCAAACUCCUCCCGUCCGAAAACUUUCCGCGAGUUGAUUUACAAACCUACUCUCACGAAGACGUUGGCUUUCAAAUCAAAAUCUAUUUCAUUCUCCCUGAGGAAAUCGAGAGCGAAAACGUCAAGAUGGAAUUUUUGGAGCAAGCGUUUGAGAUUUGGGCCGUGUGCGCCAAAGCGGCGUACAGAGUGUUUUUACCGAAACUGUACAAAACAAUCAUCCCCGAACGAUCGUCGGUGAGAGUCAUCGCUAAGAAGAGGAAGAUUAUCGUGACGAUGCAAAAGUACGACAACUACGAGUGGCGGUUCCUAAAAGUUUGA